UAUGAAUACAUAAAAAUUAAAACUUAAUUAAAAGCUGUAAUAUGACUUGAUCUAGGAACGAGCAUAGAGAUAGAAAAUUACUCAAUCAUCAAGACUUGCGCAGUUGAUCCAACAACAACCACCAUGACCUAACUCUUAUAUUCUCUUAAGCCAGUUUUACCCAGUCAAACCCGACAAAUAAAAACCACACAGUAAGAGCAAGUAAGAAACAAUAAACUAAAAAGAGAGAAUAAAUAAAAAAAAAAAGAGUAAAACCUUUCCAAUAAUUUUUAGUUUCAUCGUUACUUCAUUCCGUGUGUUCAAGUGUCACGUCUAUCUUGUCGUUUACUCAUUAAAUAAAUAACAAUUAGAAAUAAUAAUUUUAAUAAAUCAACAAUUAAUUACAUAAACAAAUUAAUAAAAUAAAUAAAUUUACAUAAGAGUAUCAAGUUCUAAUAAAUUCUUAUUCGUUUUUUAUUUUAUUUUUUUACCUCUUGCGUAUAAUCGUUCAGUCUGAGAGGUAAUAAAAACAUCUCUCCAUAUUUUUUAAUUUUUUAAAUAUAUUAUUAUGAUAUAAAUGUAAUUUAUCAUGUGUAUGUGACUAUGUGUAAGAUGUGUAAAUACGUCAUGUGUGUGUUGUAAAAUUGCCAUACGAAAUACGAAUUGAGUUGGUUCAAGUUGGUUGUUGGUUGGUCGAUGCUGCGCACUGAGAUCAUUGUUACGUUAUCUCUUUCUCUCUCACUUUUAACUAAUAAGAAAUAAAAUAAAUAAUAAAAAAAAAGAAGAAAAAAAAACGAGUUUGCUUGUACACCAAGUUGGUGGUAAUGUGUGGUACUCAUGAUAUGUGACAGAUAUUACAGGGUAUCCCAAUGUGCUCGUCAAUCUCUGAAGAUGUUGGUUAAAAUUUCAACAAAAUUACAAUUAAUUUAAUCAUUAAAACCACAAUAAUAAUGCAAAAUUAAUUAAUAUCUAUUAUCAAGUUAAUUAUCCAUCAAAUAUUGUGCAAAUUUAUUUAUUAUUUUUUUUUUUAAAGUGUUCAAACUAGAUUUAGCCAGAGUGUAACUAGAAAACAUCAAAAAAAAAAAAAUUACAGUGUACAGUUAAUUGUAAAAAAAAUAUAAACAAUAUGAUGAUUAUUUAAAUAAUUAUCAUAUUACUGUUAAAAUAUAAAAACAAUAUAUAAAAAAAAUAUAUAAUUAACAGAUAUAUUUUUUUUUUUAACAAGUUUUAAAAAUGGAGUGUCCACAUCUAGCACAAAGCGUCCGUCUUGGAAACGAUGAUGUCGAGCCAAAUUACACCAAGGAAUUACCAUUCGUAUGCGCAGUGUGUGGCACGGAAAAAAGUACUUGGUUGUGUCUGCACUGCGGUACCGUACACUGUGGGCGUUAUGUUGAUGGUCAUGCCCUCGAGCAUCAUAAAGAAAAUCCUCAUCACUGUGUAUGCAUUGAUUGUGAAAAUCUCGCUGUAUUUUGUUAUUCAUGUGAUGAUUAUGUUGUUAAUGAUACAUCAAGUGGUCAAAUUGAAAAAAUACGUCAAACAAAAUUUCGUAAAUGUGAACAAAAAGAAAAUGAUGAAAGUUGGAGUUCAUCAACAUCACAAGAUCUUGAUAAUGUUAAUGUUGAUAAUGAUCCAGAUGAAAUAUGGAAAACAGAAGUUGUUGUUAGAAAUUUAAGACCACGUACACGUAAAAGAUUACAUUCAUUAGAUGGUACUAGUGGUGAUAAUAGAUCAGCAACAAAAAGACGUACAUCAAAAAUAACCAAAGAAAAAAAAGUUGUUGGUUUAAGAAAUCUUGGUAAUACAUGUUUUAUGAAUGUUGUCCUACAAUCAUUUAAUAAUAUUAGUCAUUUUUGUGAAUAUUUAACACAAAUGCCAAGUUUAGAAGGUAUUGCAUUUAAUGAAACACCAACACAUAGAGGUAGAAUUGUUGCUCCAGGAAGAGCCAAAGAACUUAGUGAUGCAUUACUUGCUGAAGAAUUAAGAAAAGUUUUACUUAAUCUCAGUUUAGGUGGUAAUGGUCAAGCAAUAUCACCAGAAUGUUUAUUUCUUGUUAUAUGGAAAGUUGUACCACGUUUUCGUGGUUAUCAACAACAAGAUGCUCAUGAAUUUCUUACCUAUAUGCUUGAUAGAUUACACACUGAAUUAUUACAAUUAAUACCAAGGCUUGGUCAUGAACCACUUGGUCUUCGUGGUAAACAAAGUAUUGUUACAGCUGUAUUUGGUGGUACACUACUUAGUGUUGUUCAUUGUAUGAAUUGUCGAACGGACUCAAAAACACAUGAGCCAUUUCAAGAUUUAUCACUGGAUAUACCGGAAAAAUUACAAAGAACAAGAUCAAAGGAACAAGAAGAAAUAUGUAGUCUUACAUGUAGUUUAUCAAGAUUUUUCAAGGUCGAAGAACUUGCUGAUAGUGAGCUGUAUUUUUGUGAUAGCUGUACUGGUAAACAACGAUCAACAAAAAGAUUCUGGAUUCACAGGCUACCUAAUGUUUUGUGUCUUCACAUUAAAAGAUUUAGAUGGUGCAAUUCAUAUCGUUCCAAGGUAGAUACACAGGUUGAUUUUCCAAUGGAAUCACUUGAUAUGUCUGUAUACACAGUAAGGGGUUCAGCUGGUGUUAAAAUUGGACCACAAAAUAACAGUCAUUUGUAUGAUCUUGCUGCUGUUAUUGUUCAUCAUGGAUCUGGAGCUGGUACUGGACAUUACACUGCAUUUGCUGUUCAUGAUGGACAAUGGUUUCAUUUUAAUGACAGUAGUGUACGACCAGUUAGCACUGAACUUGUUGCUAAAUGUAAACCAUACAUAUUAUUUUAUGUACGACGUGAAUUUUCAAUUCCACCACCAUUGUGACGUUGUAAAAAUAAUAAAUUAUCAACAACAAAUGAUAAUGAUGAUGAUGACGAGGAGGACAUUGUUGAAAAUAUUGAUAAUGAUAAAAAAAUUGAUUAAGAAUAUCUAUAUUAUAAAGAUAGUUGAUCUUUAAUGAAAUAAUUGAUGAAAAAAAAAAUAUUAAUAAUUAUGAUGAUGAUCGAUGUGUUUCGAAAUAUUUCUUUGAUCAUAACGAUGCAUUCUUAGAUUUAAUAAUUAUCCCAAAUUUAUUAUAACCCACCCAAUCUUGUAAUAAUUAGAAUGCCUCGUUCCGUCGAUCAAUCAUUUUAAUUUUUUUUUUUUUUUUCAAUCACUUUGCCACGUUUUAAUAUCAAAUAUUUGCGUGGUAUUAUUUUUUUUUUCGGUUUUAUUUUUUGACAUCUAAUCACACCCUUUUUACAACUCCGUCCUGCUCGCGGAAAAACUUUAAUUAAAAAAAUAAUAUUAUCGUUAUAAACGAGCAUAAUAAUGGUUUUUGUUUUUUCAAUCAAUAAUUAGAUUUAUUUUGUUUUUAAAUUUUUUUAUUAAGAAAUACUGAUAUUAAUUUGAAGAAAAAUUAAUUAUUUUAUUGAACUAUGACUUUGUCAAUCAUGUUUUUAGUCUUUUUUUUUUUUAAUUUUAUUUAGAAGGACAUAUGUUUAAAAUUUUAUAUUUAUUAACUAUCAAUAUACUUCAAAUUGAUUUGAUAUAUAUUUUUUUUAAUGGCACCGCGACACCCCUAGACGCUUUAGCCAUAUUUUUCUUAUCAAAAAAAUUAAUUAUCGUGUAUUAUCAAUUGACAGUGUGUGUGUCUCUCCUCGUCUCAAUGUUUUUUGUUUUUUUUUUUUAUUUUUUUUUUAAUCUUGAUUAUUUGAAAAUAAAAUUUAACUUUCAUUUAAUAGAUAAUCAAAUAAAUUAUAUAUUUUUCUAGCUGCGGGACAAAUAGGUGAAAGAAAAAUUAAAAAAAAAAGAGUUGCCAAUCGUUUUUACGUUUAAAAAGUAAAAACAAUAAUUUAAAUUAAAAAUAAAAAUAUAUUAAAUGAAAUAAUAUCGUUAAAAAGAAUUUUAAAAAAAUUUUGAAAUAUUAAAAAAUACAACGGUAGUUCAUUGUGAUAUAAAUAAAAAACGAAGGCAUUAUUAAGGGUGUGUUUAACGUGUGGUCGUAAAAAAAAAAAGAAUUAAAAAAAAAAACAAUAAUUAUGAAAACUGUAUAAAUCUUUAUUGUAGUAAUAUUAAUAAUGUAUGUGUAUAGAUGAUAUGGGUGUGUAUUUAUAAUACGCGUGCGAAUGAAAAUAAUAAAAGAAAAAAAAAAGAAAAAAAAGUUAAUAAUAGUUAUAAUAAUAACAAAACAAGAAUAGGAAAAAUUGAAUCGAUUUUAUUCGACAAGAUAAAUUAUUACUAAAAGAAAUUAAACAGAAUAUUGCAUUUUCGCUUAAUUGCAGUUUUUAUUUUCGCGGUGUCGCGGUUAAAAAGAAAAUUAACUAUUUAUUUUUUUUUUCUGUAUAAUUAUAAACUAUUAAACUUUUAUAAAGUUUAAAUAAAGAUAUUAAACUCAAAUAUUUCCAAGAAUCAUGAGCAUUAAAGACAAGCAAAUUGGAAAAUUAUUAACUUCAUUUUUUUUACUACAAAAUUUACUUGAAAAAUAACUGCCAUCCCUCCAUGUCGGUAUUUGCGCAAAAAACUAAUCCAAAUUAAUAAAUUAUUUAUUAUUUAUUAUUAAUUAUAAUGAUUAUUAUUUUUUUAUUUAAAUAAUAUUAACGAGCAAAAAAAAAAAAAAAAAAGUAGUCAUCCCAGUGAAAAAUUAUUUUGGGAUUUCGCGCAAAUUAUUUAUCCGACGAAAAAUUCAAUAAAUAAAAUAAAUGAAACAAUAAUAAAUAUGCUCGAUGACUGUUAUGUGAUUAUUUAAAGACUUAUUUUUUUUAUAACAAUUAAACAAUAACGAUAAACAAUAAAUGUAAGUUUGCGCGUUAGGCGAAUUAAAAAAUAAAAAAAAAACAGUUUAUUGAAUUUAAAUUUUAAAGAAAAUAACGAUUAAAAGAAAAAAUAAAGUCGUAAUUAAUCGUCACCUAUGAUAAAAAUAAAUACAAAAAAAAAUAAACACUUUCGAAUGGAUUAUCACUUGAAUUUAGCAUGAACGACUUCUUAGAUAUUGAGAAAAAAAUAAAUAAAAAUUACAUAAACCAUUGUUAAUUGAAAAAUUAAAUAAACAAAAAAAAAAAACAUUAGUU